CUGGCAUGUUCGAGAAACCACUGCCAGCGCCUGGAAUAAUCUGGACUGUUGAUCUUGGCGGGGAUGAAUUUAAUUGGCUAAGCGAAACGCGAAGAUGAUCGCUGAAAGUACCAGAAAGUUCACCACUAACAUAUAAAUACCGACUAGGUCCCUUCCUCCCAAUUCCAAACCAGACCGAUCGAGCCAUUACCGACGACAAUAAGCUUUUCCGACGCAUACAUACAAACAGUCAAUCAAUAUCACUGAAGAAAAUGUCGCUGAUUCGAAGACUCUUCGGCGGCCGGAGAAACGAAAACGACCACGUCGUUUCCGGCGAUCCCGUCUCUCUCGACGUGUGGGAUCCGUUCCGCGAAUUCUCGUCCUUCCCGUUAAUUUCCGCUUCCGGCGAGACGUCGGCGUUCGUCAACACGCGCGUGGACUGGAAGGAGACGCCGGAGGCUCACGUGUUCAAGGCGGAAGUCCCCGGGCUGAAGAAGGAGGAAGUGAAGGUUGAGGUGGAAGACGAUCGCAUUCUUCAGAUCAGCGGGGAGAGGAAGGUGGAGAAGGAGGAGAAGAACGACAGGUGGCAUCGAAUGGAGCGCAGCAGCGGCAAGUUUAUGCGGCGGUUCAGGUUGCCGGAGAACGUGAAGAUGGAUGAGAUAAAGGCGUCAAUGGAGAACGGAGUGCUUACUAUUACUGUUCCGAAGAUCGAAGUGAAGAAGCCUGAAGUGAAGUCCAUUGAAAUCUCCAGUUAGAUAAUAUAUAAUAAUAAUGCGUAUAUAUUAUAUUCCCCGUGUUUAUGCAUAAUAUUACAGUACUGAAAGUAUGAAUUCGCCUUUGUGUGCUGUAUGGUUUGUAACUUUGUAUCAAUGUAUGGUUUGAAGUGAAUAAAAUGAGUGUUUUUGUAAUUUUGUUUA